UUCGGUUCGGUGAAGUCUAUUCCGACUCUAUUACGCGACUCAUCUUUUUCUUUCUUUCUGGAUAAAGACAGUCGAGAAAAACGCUAGUUUAAUUAAUUAGUUGAUGUCUUUCAAUUGCGAUGAAAGCAUAAUCGACGAGUGAUCGAUUUUUGCGUGCGAUUUUUCAAAAAUACGUCCAAGAUUUUACCUUUUUUUCAUACGUGAAUAUUCAUAUCGGCGGUGAUGAAGAAAAGCGUGCCAUUCUGGUUGCUAGUGUUGCUGGUGCUAAUAUCUCUGAGCGAUGUUAAAGGGUAUCCAAAACUAAAGUUUUUCAGGGACAAGAAUAGUCAUCGGUCAAAAUUUGAAGAUUUGUCGUGGAGAUCCUUCGAACAGCUAGAAAAGAACGAUCACGCACUCCGACGAGAGGCAACUCUGCAAAAAAUGCAAGAGAUUUUCGGUAUUCGGAAUCAAAAUGAGAAACUGGCACAUCAUAAAGUACCGCAAUUCAUGAUAGAACUUUACAAUGCUGUCAGCGGAGACACGCAAAAUCGAAAUCCUUACAACGCCAAGGUUGUGCGCAGUUUCAUUGAAAAGGACACUUCUCUACCGAACUUCUAUUUUUUCAACGUUUCGGGUCUGGAGAUAAACGAAUCGGUGUUAGGCGCCGAGCUGCAUCUUUAUCGAAAGAAAACAUCAAUGGAGAAUUUUCCUUUAUAUCCUUAUUAUAUGAUAAAACUGUAUCAAGUUCUGAAUGAUCGCAACCUAGACAUGCCGAAUCUUCAUAGAUUAUUGAAUGUUUAUUAUGUUGGUGCAGACAUUUCCGGUUGGCAGGUGCUCAAUGUGACACAGGCUGUUUUUGGAUGGUUGAAUGGCGAGCCAAAUCUGGGCCUUUUAGUGACGGUGUCGAGUCUAUUCGAGAACAAAAUGUCGAUGGAAUUUUUUCGCCGAAAUGGUCACUAUAAUAAGCAGCCGAUACUAGUGCUUUUCGACGACAUUAGCAACAAGCUUAAUCCAUCUAGCAAAUUUUCGUAUGACGUUUACGGAUAUCAGAGUGACAAGAAGGACCGAGAAGUGGAGCAAGAGAGCGAAAGAGAAGAGAAAGAAAAGGAAGAAAAAGAUAAAAUAAAUUUGGAGAACGACUAUAGUGACGAGGAACACAGAUUCAAGAGAUUACCAAAAGACGGUCAGCUCGAGGAAGUUAUGCUGACGAAUAGAUACGAGCCAGAAUUCUUCCAGCGGUCAAAGAGAAGACGCGAAAGGAAGGAUGAUAAACGAGAAAAGAAUGAACCUGCCUCUUACGAUUCUCAAGAACGAGAAACGGAAUCGUUGAUGCUGGAAGCAGCAACGAGGCGUCGGCGUCGCGAUGUCGCGUCGACCAAGAGACGCACCACCAAAAUCGUGUCGAAGAAUCACACGAGAAAGAUUCCGAGAGUCUUGACAUCAAUGGACAUUUACGAGAGGGCGGAAUUUCGCGAGCGGCUGGGCCAGAAAAUACGUAAUCAAUCGACGAGACAGCGUCGCUCAGUAGACAAUGAAAACGCGAUAACGAUACAACCGAACACGACCGAGUGCACGAGACACGAGCUCUACGUCGAUUUCCAGGAUAUCGGCUUGUCUUCGAUAAUCGCGCCGCCCGGCUACUCCGCUUAUCAGUGCAAGGGUGUGUGCGAGUCACCUCUCAGUCAGGAUCAAUUGCCGACUAAUCAUGCGACGAUACAAGCGAUCGUGCACAAGAUAGGCCUGGUGAAGGGCGUCGAGAAACCCUGCUGCGUGCCGAUCAAGCUGCAGAGUAUCAGUAUCCUCUUCUUAGAUAAGGAGAGCGUCGUGCUCAAAAACUACGAAGACAUGGUUGCCGAAAGUUGCGGAUGUCGUUAAGUAAAAUGACUGAAUUUUCUUGAAGAAUUUCGAAUCUCAUCGCAGAGACACUUUCGCAGAAAAGCAUGAAUAAAUGCUGGCAGAAAAUGGUGAUAUCGGAAGAAAAGAAGGGAUACAUUAGAUAUCGACCUAAAAAUAGAGAAUUUCUGUAAAUGUAAAUCUGACAAAAUUAUAUACUCUA